AAACUGGGAAGGCGGGCCCACAGAAUUACAAACAUCGGGACCCGCUCCAAAUCAUCAUUCAGGCAGUGAAAAAGGUUACAGUUAGUAAUAAAACCAAAAAGAAGAAAAUCCGACACAGAAAAAUCGAUUCAUCAUCACGUUCAGACAGGGGGGGAAGACGACAUCGAAUUUUCAAAAAAAAUUAUUCUUCCAACUUUAACGGUUCUUUAAUCCUUAAUUUCCUCGAUCAAAUAACUGAGGAAAUUAUUAGGUAGAAGAAAAGGGGGGAAUCGAGAAAAAGGAAAAUGUCAUGGUUGGCGCGCUCAAUCGCCAACAGUCUCCGCCUCGAUGACGAUGAUGAUGAGGUCCGUCCGGAGGACGGCGAAGAAGCCGUUGACCUUAAUGAUGACGAUGACGUUGACGUGAGGAAAUCCCCUCCAAACGACGCCGCUUUGAAUCCCGCCUCCAAAUUCCCCCAUCGUUUCACGGAAUCCCUCGAUUUAGAAGAUGUAGACUUGGGAGGAGAUCGGGAUAGUGAUUUUAAUCGAGUAUCGGAAAUCGGCUCCAAUCGCGAUGCCGGAGAUGGUGGUGAAGAAGACGGAGAUGGUGCUGAUCACAGUAAUCACGGCCGGGGGGUGAAGGAAGAUUUAUCGGAAUUUACGGAAACCCUAACGCGGCAAUUGUGGGGCGUCGCCUCAUUUCUAGCUCCGCCUCCGCCUCCUCCCCCGCCACUACCUCUACGAGCGGGAUCGAAUUUGUGGGGAUUGGAUCAGAGAGGAAGGGAGGUGGUUGAGUGUUCGGGUUCCGGUGACGAGGGGUCUUACAAUGGGGAGGAUUAUUAUGGGUCGGAGACGCAAUUUCAGGAAUUUCCGCACAGUUUCUUGCAUAUUGGGAUGCCGGAGCCAGAGGAGGAGGAGGAUGUAUUCGAGGAUGCAGUGGGGAUUACGGAGGAAGCUCUGGAUUUUGCAGAAGAUACAGCUCAUCAUCCCGAGACUUGGUUGAAUUUUCCCUUGAUGGAGGAAGAAGAGUUUGAGGAUUUUGAAAUAUCGGAUUCUCAGCACAAGCAUGCUCAAGCUAUUGAACAUCUGGUACCUACAUUAGCUGCUCUGAGAAGAGAACUUUGCCCUGUCCAUAUGACUGAGGGCUACUUUUGGAUGGUCUACUUUGUCUUUUUGCAUUCAAGAAUUAGUAAGCAUGAUGCUGAUCACUUGUCUACGCCUCAGUUGGUAAAAGCAAGGGCUAUCUGGAUGAAGGAGCUUCAAAAGCAGACGAACCCAGAACCAGAUUGGAUAGGAAGUCGUAAUUUACACUCGGAAGAUAAUAUUAAUUUUCCCUAUGAUAAUUUGGAUCACUCUUCCUUUGAAGACACACCAACUGGAAAUGCAUCUCAAAAGGCAUUUCCUCUCAAUUCUAUAGCUUCAGAGGUGAUGAAUGAUUACUCCGAGGCUGAGAACAUCCCACAUGAAAACAAUGAAAUCCGACUUAUUGAUAAGUCCAUUUAUGAGGAGCAUUCAACUAGUAAGCCAGGGAACCAGCCAUUAAGUAGUCCAUCUUUUAAGGUUCCCAUCCAGGAAUUUGAUGAGCAUGAGGAUGACUGGCUGGAAGAUGACUCUGACUUGGAAGGCUAUGUUACUACUUCUAAUGCUUUCAUAAAUGAAGAUGUGUCAUUCAGUGACCUUGAGGAUGAUAUCGAUAUGCCUGUAAAGUCAAAAGUUGUGGCGAAGUAGAAUUGUGUGGUGCCUACAUCAUUGAACGUUGCUUUUGAUAAGCAGGAGCAUUUUUUGGCACGGACUGUUCAGCUGAGUGCCGCUGCCUCUUGAAUCAGGUGGAUUGUGGCUCUGGGCUCUCCUGCAGUGUGUUGUGCUUUUGUUUGGAGCAAUCAAACUAAUCAUCAGAACAGGUUCAGUAAGGAAGGAUCGAAAAGGUUCUGGAAACACUGCUGUGAAAGAUAUGCAAUGGAGCUUCCUAAAGUCCCAGUGAUUUGAAGUUUAAGAGUGAUGAUUCAUUAGGCUCGUUGUACAUCGUCUAUGAGCCAAGCUUUCUGUACGAUGCCAUUUUUCUGUAUUCUCUUCUAUUUAUUUGGCUUGCUUUUUGACGCCAUUCCUCAUUCAUUUUCCAUUGUUUCCCAGUCAAGUGUAAUUAUUCAUGUAAACUGUAAAGUUCUCCUUUGCAAAUCAGCUUGAUUAAUGAGAACAAAUCACUAGUGAGUGAAAAGCCAAAUUUUGUUAUACUGAAUGGACUUCUAUUUGGAAGUCUACGAAAUUUUGCAC